AUGGAUCAGUACAUUGAAAAACUCCUUCAACUGGAAGAGGACUUAUCUGGGCUCAUGAGUGAAAACCUUGGUUUGGAGAAGGAUUACAUCAAGAAAGCAUUUUCUGGAAAUGAUGGGCCUGCAAUGGGAACAAAAGUGGCCAAGUACCCUCAAUGUCCAAACCCAGAACUGGUGAGAGGACUCAGAGAGCACACAGAUGCUGGUGGUAUCAUCCUAUUGCUCCAAGAAAAUCAAGUUCUUGGAUUGGAGUUGUCCAAAGAUGGCAAAUGGGUGGAGAUCCCACCUUCAAAGAACAAUGUCAUUUUUGUCAACAGGCAAGUAAUUACCGCUAUGGAGAUUAUUUGGAGCUUUUUGGAAAAACCAAGUUUGGUGAUAACUGAUAAGGGUCCCAGAUUUGAGUCCAUCAAGAAUAUGGUAAAUGGGGACUAUAAUCUUGUACCUUGA